AUGAGCAGAAUUUCACACUGGAUUUAACUUUAAUUGAUAAUUAAUUUGUCCCAAGGCUUUUCUACAGAGCUAGAAGAGGAGGUGAAGGCUUUGGGCUUUCCAGCUGAAGUGAUCGACAUGAAAGAUUAUGACCCAGAUCAGCCCUUGGUCAGGGAGUGCUCCAACAAGUCGGUCUGUGUGUUCCUAUUGGCUACGUACAGUGACGGACAGCCCACAGAGAAUGCUGAAUGGUUCUGUAAGUGGCUGGAGGAGGCAUCCACUGACUUCAGAUAUGGGAACACCUACCUGAAAGGACUGAGAUGUGCAAUGUUUGGCCUGGGCAACUCUGUGUAUGGCAGCCACUACAAUAUGGUGAGUAAGAAUGUGGACAAGUGGCUGUGGAUGCUGAGCGGCAUCUGUGUUCUGUCCAGAGGAGAUGGCAACUGCAAAGUUGUGAAGACCCAUAAUGGCAGCGUGCAAGCUGACUUCCUGGUCUGGAAGACCAAGUUCCUGAACUGUAUGCAGGCCCUGGCUGCAGGACAGAAGAAGGCCUGUAGUGGACGGGCGGCUCCUGUAAGACCAGGAACAGGAAGAAACCACAGGAGAAGACUGAGGAUGACUAGGCAUAUCCAGAACAGCUCAGCUCUGAGUUCCCUGCGCUACUUUCUCCUCCUGCUGUCCCCGGCACUCUAUGCAGCAGGGGUGCUGGUAGAGUCCAGUAGGGAUGAGGAGACAACUGGAUCAAAGGAGAAAGACCCAGGCUCGGUCAUCGAUGUGGAAAAUCUAGGAUACAUGAACGGCAUCAAGAAAGCCAAGGCCAUUCAGACACAAACCACACUCUGGGUUUUACACUAG